AUCGCACAAUGCAAGUUUUGGUAGUUUUGGCUGUUUGUGUUUUGGGGGCCCACGCUGCGUUGGACCCCAAAUUUUUGGAGAAAUUGACUGAGGAGGUGCAAGCUGUUGGUACUGCUUGUGGAGAAAAGGAACACGCAACUGCUGACGAUAUGAUUGAAAUAAUGGAACACAAAUUCCCCCCCACUCACCACGAGGCGAAAUGCGUCAUCGCUUGUUACUACAAACAUUACAAAAUGAUGAAGGACGACGGGACUUUUGAUAAAGACGCUGCGAUCAAAGCUUUCGAUGAAAUCAAGUCGCAAGAUGCUGAUAUUUAUGGGAAAAUUUUGAAAGUUAUCGAUGCUUGCGAUGCGAAGAAGCAAAUGUCYGAUGAUCAUUGCGAAAGUGCUGCUUCGAUGGCUGCAUGUGUUAAAAAAGAAGCCGAAUCGGUUGGUUUGACCAAAGAGGCAUUCAUGCUCCUCAUUCUUGUCGGAAUAAUAUUUUUCACCGGGUCUUUGGCUGUGGACCAAGACUUUGUCGAAAAAUUCAUGCAAAAAAUGGAGAAAAUCGGAGAGGUUUGUGCCAAAGAAACACACGCCACUACCGACGACGUCACUGAUCUUAUUGAGCAAAAAGACCCAAAAACCCACGAAGGAAAAUGUUUGAUUUUUUGCUACCAUAAAAAAUUCAACACGAUGAAGGAGGAUGGUUCUCUUGACAAAGUCGGCUCAGUUUUGGCCUUAGAUGACCUCAGAAACGCCGAUUUCGAAUUGUAUAAACAGCUUUUGGCCGUUUUUGUCACUUGUGGAGACAAAGCAAAAAUUUUUGACGAUCCUUGCGAAACGGCCACUGCUCUCACACUAUGUGGGAGAGAUGAAGCCAAAGCUUUGGGCUUACAGGAUUCGAUGUUUGGGUAAACUUAAUUCGGGA